AUGUCCCAGCCAAAUCAAAACUCAAACCCAAACUCAAACUUCUCCUCUUCCUCUUUCCCCUCUUCUACCAAACUUCCCUUCUCACCCCCUUCCACAAUCCUCAUCAUCGGCUCUGGCGUCUUCGGCCUGAGCACAGCAUAUGCCCUUGCUCAACGCCCAGACUUCGUCAACUCCUCCAUCACCGUCGUCGACCGCUCUGCAGAGCCGGCCGUCUUUCCCAGCAGGGACGCGUCCAGCAUCGACACCAGUCGUAUCAUCCGCGCUGACUAUGCGGACCCGGCCUACGCCCACCUCGCCGCGGAGGCACUGGUCCAGUGGCGGAAGCAGGGAGAUGAUGACCUAGGCGGCCAGGGGCGCUACAGCGAGACCGGCCUCGUCCUUGUCGCCGAUGAGCCUCCCACCGCGGAUGCCGUCGAUGGCGGGACCGGACAGGCUGGUGACUUGCCUCCAGUGGAUGCCCAGCCCGGCAAGAAAACGGGCAUGUACUAUGUCCGUGCCAGCUGGGAGAACGUCAAGGCCAUAGCUCAAAGCGGGGAUGCCGAGGUGGCUACCAGCAUUCGUGAGUUGCCUAGCAGUGAAGCUAUCCGUGAUGCUGUGGGCACUGGCGGUAGUUCUGGCUCCUGGGGCUACCUGAACGCGUCCAGCGGCUGGGCAGACGCAGAAGCCAGCAUGGCAUGGCUGUAUCAGCGCGUUGUGUCUACAGGUCGUGUCCAUUUCAUUAACGGGACCGUCACAUCGCUUGUGCAUGCCGGCGAAACCGUCACCGGCGCGGUACUAUCCACAUCCCAGACCAUCUCCGCGGAUCUGGUUGUUCUUGCUACAGGUGCCUGGACUGGCUCUUUAAUUGACCUCUCGGGUCAAGCAACCGCCACCGGUCAGGUUCUUGCUUACAUGGAUCUGACCGACGAGGAACAAGCUCAGCUCGCCAAGAUGCCUACCCUGCUGAAUCUCAGCUCAGGUCUGUUCAUUAUCACUCCUUCACACAACGUCCUCAAGGUCGCCCGGCACGCCUAUGGCUACCUCAACCCGACCACGACCGUGACAUCCCCACUUCGGCCAUCGCAAGGUGAUUCUACCGGACACACAAACAAUACCGUCUCGCUGCCCGUCACACACGUCGACCAGCCGGAUCUGUCCAUCCCGCCCGCAGCCGAAGAGCUCCUUCGCUCCGCCGUUCAUGCCAUGGUCCCAUUGCCGUCGCUCAAGGGCCGUCCCUUCACCAAGACCCGCCUGUGCUGGUACACAGAUACGCCCAGCGGCGAUUUCAUCGUGGACUACCAUCCGCAUUGGCGCGGUCUCUUCCUGGCGACUGGCGGCAGUGGGCAUGGCUUCAAGUUCCUGCCCGUCAUAGGCGAGAAGAUUGUGGACUGUAUCAAGGGCGAGUGCCCGUCGGAGUUCAAGACCAAGUGGUCUUGGAAGACAUCUGGUACUUUCACAGGUUGGGAUGCGGUGAUUACAGAGGAUGGCAGCCGUGGCGGCAAACCUGGGUUGAUACUGCAGGAAGAGAUGGGAAGACUACGUCGAAAGACAUUGUGUCACAAGACAGAAGAAGAGGCUCAAGGUUUGAUCAAGACAGGAAAGUUGAGAGGCUUCCCUGAUGAUAAGUCAACCUAA